AUGGCGGAGCGUCCUGGGGGUAGGCGACGUUCGCGUCGGGACAGUAUGGAGACAGGGGGUUCGUUCCGGGGUACGCCGCCAACCUCGAGGGAUCGGAGGACCAAACGGUCGAGCAAACCUUCGAAAGAGCGAUGGUUGCUGACGAGGAAGACGUGGCGGUACAUGGCCGACGCCGGCAGACGCCUGAUCCCCGAUGGCACGCACAACAGGCCCGAGGAUAUUCCAAAGAUAGAGCAAUACUUUCAGGAAGUGUGUCAGAGGGAGCCGAGGUUUCUACUCUGGAGGAAGGCUUCCUAUCCGGGCACGUUGGGUUUUCGAUCGCAGAGGCGUCGAAGGCAAGUGAAGGGUGGCAGUUGUCGAACCAAGGCUAGCUCUGCGGACGAGGCGGACGAAGUGAGGAAUCCGCCUCGAGGGUUCAUCCUUCAGACCACCACGGCGGGCAAGUUUGACCUGGCGAAAGCUAAGAGAGAUUGGUUACUGGCGUCGGAAGGAGGAAGCACGCCGUCGAGUCCUUCGGAGAGCAGGAAAUUCCCGCAAGAGGACUCCGAGACGAAAGCGUUGGCUGACAUGUUGCAAAAGUAUCUGAACAUGCAGAGCGACGCGGCUGAUACGACGAAGUCGUUCGAGAGAUCGGGUGGUGCGUUUGGCCAGGCGGAGGGAAAGGAGCCGUUCGAUUAUCAGAGUCUGAUAAGCAAGCUUCAGCAACAUUUGGAUCUGAUAGUGGCUCAGGCGAAACUCGAGGAGGUUUCGCUGCACAGAGACUCGCGUGAAACGUCGAACAAAGUUCAGAUGCCGGUGCAGCCGUAUCAAGGCGACUUUGUGCACAAAUCGUUGAUGCAAACGAUCAGUCGAUACUACAGGAAAUCCGCGACUCGAGAACACGUGAUCUCGGCUAUUCUGACCGAUCGAAAGCUCUUGGAGAAGCUGUACUUUGACCUGAGGUGCACCAGAGGGUUCAGAGGACCACGUGCUACCGGCGCUUACACGUCGCCGUCUUCCCGCUGGUGGACCCACCAGCGGACGAGAAUACCAUCGAAAGACACGGAGGAUUGGUCGGCCAGGAGAGACCUUAUCUCUCCGCCGCCUCUGAUAGCCGUGCAAGAACCCAGCAUCGAUCGAGGGCCCGUAAACGACGGCGUGCAAACGGACCCUGUUCCUCGCGAGGUUCUCGACGCUGUGCUCUUGGAGAGGGAGAAGGAAGAGUCGAAGGAGGUAUCGAUGCACAAAACGAGCGGUCGCAGGCGAAGCAGCGUGGAUAACGACGAUGUUUCGCCGUCUGUCAGCGAUACCAUCAAAAGGUACCUUCGAAUGGCUAGAAAGAAGUCCAUGGACGCUGACAAGGUGGAUAGGUUCAAGCGGGUGAACUAUGACAGAAAUCUGAGGAAUAUUAAGGCCAAAGGGGAGACGUCGAAGCUAAGCGACGACGACGGCAAUAACAAGGGUUGUCAAACGGAAGACAACUGGGCCGUUAAUUACAGAGAGAUGUCCUCGACGGAGAAUCCAUCGGAGAAUCUGUCGGACGCUGACACGACCACCUCGCCACCGAGUAGAAACGCGAGCUCGAGGAGCAGCAUCGACGCUGGCCUUGGCUCCGAAGAACCACUGACCCCUAAGCAUCAUCACCAUCAGUCCUUCCUUUCCCAUCUCCUACACGGUUCCAACGCGCACAAGGAUAAGCCGCAUUCGGCACCCGGUUCACCGGCACUCACGUCAUCGUCCACCAAUUCCGCAGGUGGCACAGCGAUGCAGAAGAGCAAGUCCUCGAGCAGCGUGGUGCAUCACGGCAGCAGAUUGGUGGCCAAGAAGAUAUGGAGGUCCAGGAGCAAGAGCACCUCGCGGGCGUCCAAUCAACCCUCCGUGUGGACGCCACAGGGAAAGUGUACAUGGGCGGGUACAGGUGGUCGACGAGUCACCCUCCAGGACACCCCGCUGAGAUCGCUGUCAGAGAUCGAGAGGAAGGUCCUCUGCAAGGUGGCUGUCGCCAAACUUCAGGCACUCAAUCUGGGUGUUCACAUUAGGCCACCGAGUGAGUCGCUCGGUAGCAGUUCCGUUGUCACGAAGCCCAAGAGACGAGCACCUUUGCUCAAGAGGAAAGCUCUCACCACGGGUUUCUUCGACAAUAAGGGAAAGGACGACAAGGAGAAGGAUUCGUCAGGCGGCCUGGUAUUCGGCAUACCGCUGUCACAGUGUUUGGAGAACGAUAGGAUCGCUAGAAUCGCCGCUGGUGAGGUCUCGGACGUCGGGUGUCUGUCGAGGAGCAGCAGACACGGUAGCAGAACGAGCUUCACCAGCCUGAUAGAGCCCACGGUAGCUGCUAAGACCGACGAGGGUGGUUCGUGCGAGUCGUUGUCGUCGAAAGGCGGAGCCCUAACCGGAAGUGACUCCGGGGUGCUCGAGCUGAGCGACAGCGGCGGAGGAGGCCCUCCAGGGGAAUGGGACGCGGUCCCAGGCGUAGUCAGACAGUGCAUCAGGCACCUGGAAAACACUGGCCUCCGGACGCUCGGCGUGUUUCGGGUGUCGCCUUCGAAGAAGAGGGUGAGACAGCUGCGAGAAGAUUUCGAUUGCGGUCGUGAGACAAAGAUCGGUCCAGAUCAAUGUCCCCACGACGUGGCAGCCCUUCUGAAGGAGUAUUUUCGAGAUCUUCCUGAUCCUCUACUCUGCAGGGACCUCUACCAAGCCUUCGUCCAUACGCAAAAGAUCCGGAACAGGCGACUUCAGCAAGAGGCACUCCAACAUCUCGUUCAGCUGCUGCCUACGCCAAAUCGUGAGACGCUCUGGGCACUUUUGAACUUCCUUAGCGUGGUGGCGGCUAACAGCGAAGAUCAAAAGAGCGAGACAGGCGAGUGGAUACCGGGGAACAAGAUGGACACGACCAACUUGGCCACGGUAUUCGCUCCAAAUAUUCUGCAUUGCGUGAAACCAGGCCAAAGGUCCGAGGUGUCCGCAGAAAGGGCGGAAGAGAGGAUGGACGUGAUAAACGUGGUGAGAGCCCUUCUGGAAAAUGCUGCGACGUUAUUUACGGUACCAGCUGCCCUUCUGGACGAAGUCUACCUGCACAUGAUGGACACCCAUCCGGCUGAUUUGGAUCUCGCCCUCUCCCGUCGUUCCGAAGAGCAAUGCGGAGACGAGGUGGACCCGUGCAGCGAAGCCGAAACCUUCUCGGUGGAAGAGACGCUGACGACGUCGACGACGACCACGGCCGGGACGACCACGUCGACCAGAAAGGUGUGGACCAGAGAACAGUGUCUUCACCAAACGGCCGGAGUAGGAGGAGACAUAGGUCCCAGGCCGAGACGGCCAAAGAGGCCGGGAAGUCGGCGAAAAGAGGAAGGCAGGAGCAAUAGCGUGGACAGUGGAUCCAGCGAGGAUCCGGCUGACCCACGGAGAAGGUCCUCGCCCAUGGUAAUCACGGCCAGUCUUACCAUACCGAUGUCCGGAGCGUUCACGUUGAACCUCGACGAUCCGGACAUUCCUUACAUCGAGGAGGCUCCGAAGCAACCCAGUGCGCCACCGAGGAGGCAGAGGCAGCGAUCGAUUUCCGGUUGCAGCGAAGGUGGAAGGCACGGAAGCGACAGUGCCGUAGGCUCUUCCGCCACGUUGUCCGGCGAUCAGGCGCCAAGUUCUCCUCCGUCGUGGGCGUCGUCGCCACCUGCCAGCCCUGACAGCGCGGUCACCGCUGUUUCCUACAUCCCCGACCAGCAGGCCGUUCUCCAAAGGGUGUCGUUCACCACCUCGAGCGAGGUACGCCAAGUGACCAGGUCGAGCAGCAGUCAAGACACGUCGAGGAGCACCGCGGCCCCGUACACGCCGAGCAUCACCAGCAUCGGUGGUGCGGUUUUGAGGUCGAAGACCGCCGACAUCGAGAGGAUGCUGCACAUCUCCAGACCUGACACCGGCAUCGCGAUGUCGCCGCAGAGCAAGACCAGCUCUACGACCACUUCCUCGGACAGCAAGAAGUAUACCAAGAGACGUUACACGGACUCGAGGCAUCAAACCCGUCAUAUCCCCGACUCGGACACGCUGGCGGGGAAAAACACGGUCACGGUUUCGUCCUCCACGUCCGUCACCGUGUCCUCCUCGUCGUCGGUGGCCGGCGCGCAGAACCAGCGAACUGGGGUGCAGCCGGUGUGGAAACGACGGGAACUCAUCUCCAGCGCGCCCAAGGACAGGGAGGGCUUCUUCUGAACAUCCCUGUGCGCGGUCGAAUCGAACGCUGCGGGAUCUCGAUGGAUCGUUUCCCUCGCAACUCGUUUGAAAACCGUUCUGUCAGGGAAUUUUCUCGGUUUUCGAGAAGGUUGAAUCGGGUUGAAGGAGAUUCGAGUAUUUCGGCGAAGAGUUAUGUUCCACGGAGGGUGUUUCGUGGUAGCGAGAGAGAAUCGGGUGAAGAAAUUCGCGCAAACACGUGGUCUACUUGAUUAAUACAUUUGGAUAGAACGCGUGCUUAAAUAUAGCUUGAGGAACGCGAAUUGACAGAGAAAUAGUUUCGAUGAAAUUUGGAUUGAAUAUACAGGGUGUUCCAUUUGAAGAUUCGCACUCGAUUACAUUAGGGUAUCUUAUAAUUGUCAUAAAUUAUAGGUAGAUGUUUAUUUUAGUACAUUUCAGGAUGAAUAAAUUGAUCUAUAAUAAUUCUGGUCUUUGAAGAUCAACCAAGGUAUAUCAUUGCUAAUAGAGAAACAGUUCCGAUGAAAUAUAAAAGAGCGUAAAAGACGAGACGAAGAUCAAAUAGAUCAUACAAUUAUCCAAAUUUUGCAGCAAACUUAAAAUAAAAAUUAGUACAAUUCGUUGAUGUAUAACAAUAAUUCUGCUCUUUGAAGAUCGACCAAGGUAUAUCCUUGCUAAUAGAGAAACAGUUUCGAUGAAAUAUAAAAGAGCGCAAAAGACGAGAUGAAGAUCAAGUAGAUCAUACAAUUAUCCAAAUUUUGCAGCAAACUUAAAAUACAAAUUUAUACGAUGAAACACCCUGAACGAUACUCUAACCGAUCUUCUCACUACUCGAAUAGCACUGUCAAACUUCUUAAAGAAAUCGAAUUAAAUUAUAAAUACCGUGCCUUAAUUCGUUAAUUAAAUUCUUAAGGCAUUGCAUAUCGUACGACCCCAUUCUCAUUGGGAAUACUCGAGUAUACGAAGAAUCUGCGAAUCUUUGACACUAGCAACGUACAAGGGAAUAUCAAGAAACUCUUUCAACCUGAUUACAAGCUUUUCGUUCUCAACGAGCUUCUCGUAAGCUCCGAUCGCGUUGAUCCGAAAAGGGACCGAACGGGGUCCGAAGCAAGCGUACGAUUCGAUGGCGAAAAGUGUCCGCGAA